AUGUCUCUUCUGUUUCUCUUUCUCUCUUUCAUUCUCCUUCAACGAGUUUCCUCUCUCAACCAAGAAGGUCUCUACCUGUACCAAUUCAAGCUCUCCUUAGACGAUCCUGAGUCUUCCCUCUCCUCAUGGAACAACCGCGACCAAACACCGUGUAACUGGUCCGGCAUAACCUGCAACAACGAAACAACCACCGCCGUGACUCAAAUCAACCUCUCCAACUUCAACCUCGCCGGUCCAUUACCAACCUCAAUCCUCUGUCGUUUAACCAAUCUCACCACCCUCAUUCUCACCAACAACUCCAUCAACCAAACACUACCUCCAGAAAUUUCUCUCUGCACCUCCCUUACUCAUUUAGACCUCUCUCAAAAUCUCCUCACCGGCACACUCCCACAGACCCUACCUCUCCUCACUAACCUCCGUUAUCUCGACUUAACGGCUAACAACUUCUCCGGCUCAAUCCCCAACUCCUUCGGAACAUUCCAGAAUCUUCAAGUUAUCUCUCUCGUUUACAAUCUUCUAGAAUCUUCCAUUCCUGCUUCUUUAGGAAACAUCACCACUCUCAGAACGCUCAAUCUCUCUUAUAACCCUUUUCAACCUUCUCGGAUUCCGCCGGAAAUCGGAAACCUAACAAACCUCCAGAUUCUCUGGCUUAGUUCAUGUAAUCUCGUUGGUAUUAUUCCUGAGACAUUCGGGAAUUUGAAGAGACUCACUGUGCUUGAUCUUUCCAUGAAUAAUCUUGAAGGUUCUAUUCCGAGUUCGCUUGCUUUGAUGACGAGUUUGAAGCAGAUUGAGCUUUAUAAUAACUCGUUGUCCGGUGAGUUACCUUCCGGAAUGUCGAACCUUACUUCGUUGAGGCUCAUUGAUGUUGCUAUGAAUAGUAUUGGAGGUGUUAUUCCCGAUGAGUUGUGCCGUUUACCGCUUGAGAGUCUGAAUCUCUAUGAAAAUCGGUUUACCGGUGAUUUGCCGGCGAGUAUAGCUGAAUCUCCAAAUCUCUACGAGUUUAAGAUUUUUACCAACUUUUUAUCCGGUGAGUUGCCGGAGAAUCUCGGGAAGAAUGGUCCGUUGAUAUGGUUUGAUGUUUCAAAUAAUUCAUUCUCCGGGAAGAUUCCGAUGAGCCUGUGCGAGCGCGGCGCAUUGGAGGAGUUACUGAUGAUACAUAAUUCGUUCUCCGGUGAUAUUCCAGCGAGUUUGGGUGCUUGUAGAAGUUUGACGCGUGUUAGGUUGGGUUUUAAUAAUUUGUCCGGACAAGUUCCGGCGGGUUUGUGGGGCUUACCGCAUGUGUAUCUUCUUGAACUUGUUGACAACUUGUUUACUGGUUCAAUUGCUAAGACCAUUGGUGGUGCUGGGAAUCUGUCUUUGUUGAUUGUAUCGAAUAAUAAAUUCUCCGGUUUGAUUCCUGAAGAGAUUGGAAGAUUGGAAAGUCUUCAGGAGUUUUCUGGUGGUAAUAACCAGUUCAACAAUUCGUUGCCUGAGAGUAUUGUGAAUCUCUCCCAGCUUGGGAUUCUUGAUCUUCACAACAAUAAGAUUUCUGGUGAGCUUCCGAAAGGAAUUCCAUCUCUUAAGAAACUCAACGAGUUGAAUUUGGCUAAUAAUGAGAUUGGUGGGAAGAUUCCUGAGAAAAUUGGCAGUAUGUCCGUGCUUAACUUUCUUGAUCUUUCCAGUAAUCGGUUUUCGGGUAAUGUUCCGAUGAGUUUGCAGAAUUUGAAGCUCAAUCAGCUGAAUUUGUCUUACAAUUUGCUUUCUGGAGAGAUUCCACCUCUUAUGGCCAAGGCUAUGUAUAGGGAUAGUUUUAUCGGUAAUCCUGGUUUGUGUGGAGAUUUGAAAGGUUUGUGUGAUUACAAAGGAGAAGGGAAGAGUGCUAAUUUUGUUUGGCUGCUUAGAGCUAUUUUCAUAGUUGCAGCUUUGGUUUUUGUCUUUGGUGUGGUUUGGUUCUACUUCAAGUACAGGAAUAUUAAGAAGGCUAGAUCUAUUGAUAAAACCAAAUGGACAUUGAUGUCAUUUCAUAAACUGGGUUUUGGUGAAGAUGAGGUCUUGAAUUGCCUUGAUGAAGAUAAUGUCAUUGGAAGUGGAUCAUCCGGGAAAGUCUACAAGGUUGUGCUUCGCAACGGGGAAGCUGUUGCAGUGAAGAAGAUAUGGGGAGGGGUUCAAAUGGAAACGGAGAGUGGAGAUACUGAAAAGAAACAAUUUCAAGAUAAUGCUUUUGAUGCAGAGGUUGAAACUUUGGGCAAAAUUAGGCACAAGAACAUUGUUAAACUAUGGUGUUGUUGUACCACUAGGGAUUGCAAGCUAUUGGUUUACGAGUAUAUGCCAAAUGGUAGUCUUGGUGAUUUGCUGCAUAGCAAUAAAGGAGGAUUGUUAGAUUGGCCGACUAGGUACAAGAUAGCUCUUGAUUCUGCAGAAGGCCUCUCUUAUCUGCAUCAUGAUUGUGUUCCUCCUAUAGUUCAUAGAGAUGUGAAAUCUAAUAACAUCUUGUUGGAUGAAGACUUUAGUGCAAAGGUUGCAGAUUUUGGGUUAGCUAAGGCGGUUGAAACCAAUGGGAAAGGAACUAAAUCCAUGUCCGUCAUAGCUGGUUCUUGUGGUUAUAUUGCACCAGAAUAUGCAUACACACUUAGAGUGAACGAGAAGAGUGACACAUAUAGUUUUGGUGUUGUUAUCCUUGAGUUAGUCACUGGAAGGAAGCCGGUAGAUCCCGAAUUCGGAGAAAAAGACUUAGUUAUGUGGGCAUGCAACACCUUAGAUCAGAAAGGUAUCGACCACGUGCUUGACUCGAGACUUGAUUCUUUCUACAAAGAAGAAAUUUGCAAGGUCCUCAACAUUGGCCUAAUGUGCACGAGUCCUCUUCCAAUCAACCGGCCCGGAAUGAGAAGAGUGGUGAAAAUGCUACAAGAGGUAGGCCCUGAAAGCCAAUCAAAGUCUUCCCUAAAAGCAGGAAAGUUGUCCCCUUAUUACUAUGAUGAUGGGUCAGAUCAUGGAAGUGUUGCUUAA